AUGGAGGUCGCCCCUGCCAGCACCGAGCACCAGAGAAGGUUCAUGCUAAAAUUGCCUCCGGGAUACCACUUCGCCCCGACGGAGAACGAGCUUGUCGUGCACUAUCUUCGCCGGAAAAUUGCCGGCCUCCAGCCGCUGCUGCCCAUCUUUUUUGACGUGGAUAACCUCAACAGUUACCGCCCGGAGCAAAUCGUAGGCACUCUUGCAGAUAAGUAUCGGAAGCAUGGGGAGGACUGUUGGUACUUCUUCACCAAGCGUGUCCGGAAAUACUCAACUGGCAACCACCCGAACCGGACUACUCCGGGCAAGGGAUUUUGGAAUGCCACGGGUCCGUGGAGGUUGAUUCACGUCGACAAGGAACUAGCUGGGCGCGUGAGGACGCUGGUGUUCUACACUGAGCCGGAGAAGGAGGAGCAAGUGGCGCCGGGUCUUAAAGAGAUGGAUGACCAGACGGCAUUGUCCAAGCUAGCAAAGACCAGUUGGAUCAUGUAUGAGUACGAGAACCUCACUUCACAGGCAGAGGCUGAAGACAAAAAUAUCGACAAGGUUUUGGUCUUCAUGCACAUCUGGUUCUUGAUGAUCUCUUCAAGAGGCGGCGUUGCAACGGCAAGGAAAAAGGCCGAGGAUAAUGGCCGUGCAGGCGGCAAGAACAUCAAGGGGAAGAGAGAAAUCAAUGUAGACGACAAGAAGAGAAAGAGAAAGGAGACGGAAAAUAUCGACGCGGAGAAGGGAAUUGACCAAGGCCAACAACAAACUGAUGACCCCAUGAAGAUACUCGAGGGACAACAACUCUCCAGAGACACCUACAUCUCUGAUCCCCGCUUGGAGCCUGGGAUGGCACAUCCUCCUGCAGGAUACAACUACAAUGUGGCUCCUCCAAACAUGGCGAAGUAUCAGUUCACAAACUUACAUCCUGAUGCGGUGGCGCCUCCUCGGGCUUACGGUUAUGGUGGCUCUGUUCCUCACGCGGUUGUCGGAGCUUUGGACGGCCUUCUCAGCGCCGCCAACGCUUAA